CUCUCUCUCUCUCUCUCUCUCUCUCUCUCUCUGUACAUCUCCGAUUUGCCCCUUACGCCAUUGGAUUGGAGAGCUAGAAGUUCAAAGAAUAUCCAGCGCUUCAGAUCUUGCACCGUAAAACCCUAAGACAUUUAUUGGAGUGAUCUAUCCUUCGAUUUGAUAAGAAAUUGAGAUUAGCUGAAGUGAUGGGUUCUUAUAUUGAUUAUUGCUGGCUUAUGAAGUCUUGAUUUUAGUAAGUCCUAGUGGGGAAGCAUGAACAUCGUGAAGGGUGUUGCUGACCUCAUUCGGAGGACAUCUGGCGGUGGCUAUGGUUCGGAGUCUGGUUCGGGUUCCCCACUAGAGAGGUUCUCUCCUCCAACUCCUACAAUCCGUUUCAGUGAUGUAGGCGAUGAGGCCAUUCUAAGCACCCUAUGGGUUAGAUAUGAGAGUGCCUUUGAUAAGGCUGAAAAGAGAAAGUUAUUUUAUAUUUUCCUCAAGCAAUUUUUGGUUAUAUACAAGAAUUGGGAGCCUGUAUAUCCUGGGCAGUUGGCAGAGGUAGCUUUGUCUGCUGCCUCAGCUGCAGAGUACACUCAUUCUAAUGAUGUAGUCAUCGGCUGCUCUACUGGACAUCCAACUGAAAUUAUUCUGACCUUGAUUGAAGAAGUCGUACAUGUAACUGCUUUGAUAACUGAAUUGAACACCACAGCACAAUCAACAACCGAGCAAAUAGGGACGUCAACGAGCUUGACUGUAACUUCUGAGGGGUUGCCAGUGUUGGAUGCAUUGACAAUUGUAACUCGGUCAAUCCAUAAUUGCAGAGUAUUUGGCUACUAUGGUGGAAUUCAAAAACUUGCAGCACUGAUGAAAGGUUCUGUCAUCCAGCUCAAAACAAUUACUGGCGCGCUUUCUGCUGAUGAAAACUUGUCAAGUCUUAUAUUAGAGAAGACCAGAAUUUUACAAGAAUUACUUGUAAAUGUGGUAUCAAUUAUUUGCCACUUCAUUGUCCUACAUUCAGAUGUAUAUCAAAAGGCUCAGUUGCACAGCAGUAGCUUGGAGUUUUCUGUUUCAAGGGGUGGCGGAACUUCAUUUGAUUCUUCUGCUUGUUUGAUGACUCCCCCGUCGGAAACAAAGCUCCAUUGGCAUCAAAAGGCGGUUGUGUUGGUGAUGGAAGCUGGUGGUCUUAAUUGGUUAGUAGAGCUACUGCGAGUUAUGAGACGGUUGAGCAUGAAGGAACAAUGGAUGGAUGCAUCUCUUCAGUAUUUGACUUUGAGAGCUCUUCGAUCAGCGUUAUCUGAUAAUCCUCGUGGUCAAAACCAUUUUAGAAGCAUCGGAGGACUUGAAGUUCUGUUGGAUGGACUGGGACUUCAUUCAAACAGUGUGUUGCGAUCAAGGAAUGCCUAUUUCUCGGAAAAAGAAAGAGAUGAAAAUUCUUUACCGGGUAUUUUCGAGCUCCAUGUUCUUUCCUUGGAGGUUCUCAGGGAGGCUGUCUUUGGCAAUUUGAACAACUUGCAGUUUCUGUGUGAGAAUGGAAGGGUACAUAAGUUUGCCAAUAGCGUUUGUUCACUUGCAUUUAUGCUUCAAGAGUACAGUUUGUGUGGGAAGGAUGGUUUUCAAAUGCUAGUAUCUAACUCUAGAAGCCAGAAUAAUUUAGAAUAUCAUGAAGCAGAGCCUUCUGCUCAACUUUCAGCAAGUUUUUACAUACAGCAUUGGAAUGAUUAUGCUGUCAAGUUAAGCAGAGUCCUUGCUUCUUUCCUUCUUGCACCAGAAGAUAUUAAAUCUCAAGUAUCAGCUGGUAGAAGCGUCAUUCCAGUUUCUUCACUGUAUGGGGAACUUUCAAUAAAGUGGUUUAUGAGGGCUCUUCUUACAGUGUUUCCAUGCAUUAGGGCUUGUUCUAAUCAAAAUGAACUGCCAAGUCACUUAAGGAUCUUUGUAUAUACACUACAGCAUUAUGUUCUCUUUGCAUUCAGGAAGGUUCUUGUUUCGUCUCCCACAUUCCUAGAUACAUUCCGUGGGGAGGGUGUAUGGGACCUCAUCUUCUCUGAGAACUUUUUCUAUUUUCGGCCUGUUCCAACCGAAUGUUUGGGGAAGUAUUGCAAAUAUGAUGAAGUUUCCCCGUGGAACUUAGAAGUAUCUUCCAGUUCAAACAGCAUUACCACUCAUUUGCAUCGCAGUGAAGUUGAUAUUCUUCAAAUUGAUGUGAUAUCUUUUGUUGAAUUUGCAGCAACUUUGAGCGAUAGUUCACAUAACUUGCCUGAAUGUUCUGUUUUGUUAGACGCCCUUGAACAGUCUGCAUGUCAUCCUGAGAUUGCUGGUGUUCUGGCAAAGAGCUUGCUUCGAAUACUACAGCUUUCAUCUGAGAAGACUUUUUCUUCUCUGAAGACGCUUGAUGCGAUUCCUCGGGUGCUCAAAGUUGCUUGUGUUUUGGCCCAAGAAGCUAAAAGGCCUGGAAAUUCAAUUCCUUCUGCUGAGAGUAACAUUGAUGUGGUUCCAGAAGGUUUUGAUGAGCCUCAGUCACCUGAGACAGCCCAAAAUUGGUGCAAAAGCAUUGAUACAUUAGUGGAACUCUUUGUGGAAUAUCUUUCAGUCACAGAUGAUGCAAAAAGUUCAGUUUUGCAUAGUUACACUUGUGUUGAUUGCUUAUUCCAGUUGUUCUGGGAUAAUGGACUGAGAAAUCAAAUGCUUAUUCAUAUUCUAGACCUAAUGAAGAUCGCUCCAGUUUCCGAGGAAGACCAAAAGGCAAAGUUGUACUUAUGCUCCAAGUAUUUAGAGACAUUUACUCAUGUAAAGGAACGAGAGACAAACUUUGCAGAACUGUCAAUCGAACUACUGGUUGGGAUGAGAGAUAUGCUUCUCACUGAUCAAGUGUACUACCAGGAUUUGUUUCGUGGUGGUGAAUGCUUUUUGCAUGUUGUAUCAUUGUUGAAUGGAACCCUUGAUGAGGAGAAUGGAGAGAAAUUGGUUCUACAUGUUCUUAAAACUCUUACUUGCCUUCUUACAAGCAACGAUGUCUCAAAGGCUGCAUUUAGAUCUCUUGUUGGCAAGGGUUAUCAGACAUUGCAAAGUUUGUUGUUGGACUUUUGUCAAUGGCAGCCAAGUGAAGGACUUCUGAAUGCUCUGCUUGAUAUGCUUGUUGAUGGAAACUUUGAUAUCAAAGCGGGCCCCAUUAUAAAGAAUGAAGAUGUGAUCUUACUUUAUCUGACUGUCCUCCAGAAGAGCAGUGAUUUGUUGCGGCAUAAUGGGCUCAACGUGUUUCUUCAGCUACUCAAAGAUUCAAUAUCCAAUCGAGCUUCUUGUGUCAGAGCUGGAAUGCUGAAUUUUCUUCUUGAUUGGUUUUCUCAAGAAGAAAAUGAUAGUGUAAUCUUGAAAAUUGCCCAGUUGAUUCAGGUCACUGGUGGGCAUAGCAUCUCUGGUAAGGAUAUUCGUAAAAUAUUUGCUCUACUGCGAAGUGAGAAAGUUGGUACUCGUCAACAGUACUGCUCAUUAUUGCUUACGAGCAUCUCAUCAAUGCUAAAUGUGAAAGGACCAACGGCCUUUUUCGAUCUCAAUGGGAAUGAUUCUGGAAUUGUUAUUAAGACGCCUGUACAGUGGCCUCUGAAUAAGGGAUUUUCUUUUUCUUGUUGGCUCAGAAUAGAAAAUUUUCCCAGAAGUGGGACAAUGGGGCUUUUCAGUUUUCUCACAGAAAACGGAAGAGGGUGCUUGGCAGUGCUUGCAAAAGACAAGCUGAUUUAUGAGUCGAUUAACCAGAAACGUCAGUGCGUUUCUAUGCAAGUUAACUUAGUUAGAAAGAAAUGGCAUUUCCUUUGUAUAGCUCAUAGCAUUGGUAGAGCAUUUUCUGGGGGUAGCCUACUGAAGUGUUAUGUUGAUGGAGUUCUUGUAUCAUCCGAGAAAUGCAGGUAUGCAAAAGUUAACGAGUCAAUGACUAGUUGCACGAUUGGCUCAAAAAUAAAUUUGCCUCCAUACGAAGACGAGAAUGCCAUGUGUAGCAUCAAAGAUUCAUCUCCUUUUCUCGGUCAGAUUGGCCCAGUUUAUAUGUUUAGCGAUGCCAUUACUUCUGAACAAGUGCAGGGCAUCUAUUCCUUGGGACCAAGCUAUAUGUAUGCAUUCCUUGACAAUGAAAUUGCUAUAUCUUCAGAUAGCCCAAUGCCUGGUGGAAUUUUUGAUGCCAAAGAUGGUCUUGCGUCCAAAAUAAUAUUUGGACUUAAUGCACAGGCAAGCAGUGGCAGGACUUUGUACAAUGUCUCCCCACUGGCUGACUAUGCGUUGGAUAAGAAUCCAUUUGAAGCAACUGUGAUGGUUGGGACGCAGUUAUGUUCACGACGCUUGCUACAACAAAUUAUUUAUUGCGUUGGAGGUGUUUCUGUGUUUUUUCCUCUUUUCACUCAGACAGAGUUGUAUGAAAAUGAAGAAAUUAGCCAAUCUGGACAAGGUUUCCUUGCACCUAUCAUGAAAGAGCGAUUAACUGCAGAAGUCAUUGAGAUAAUAGCUUCUGUCCUAGAUGAGAAUUUAGCCAAUCAACAGCAGAUGCUUCUUCUUUCUGGAUUUUCAAUACUUGGGUUUUUAUUACAGUCAGUUCCACCACAGCAACUGAAUAUGGAAACACUUUCAGCUUUUAAGCAUAUGUUCAGCGUUGUUGCAAAUUGUGGUUUGUCUGAGCUGCUUGUGAGAGAUGCUAUAUCUAAUAUAUUUCUUAAUCCUCUUGUCUGGGUCUACACCGUUUACAAGGUGCAACGUGAAUUGUACAUGUUUCUCAUUCAACAAUUUGAUAAUGAUCCCAGGCUUCUUAAGAGUCUGUGUCGACUCCCUCGAGUUCUUGAUAUAAUAAGCCAAUUUUAUUGGGGCAGUGCAAAAUGCCAAUAUGCUAUGGGGGGCAAGCCUCUUUUGCAUCCCAUAACGAAAGAAGUUCUUGGAGAGAGACCAAGUCAGGAAGAAAUACAUAAAAUUCGCCUUCUUCUAUUGAGUCUUGGGGAGAUGAGUCUUAGGCAGAACAUUGAGGCGUCAGAUAUAAAGGCUCUUAUUGCGUUUUUUGAGACAAGUCAGGAUAUGGCAUGCAUUGAAGAUGUUUUGCAUAUGGUUAUUCGUGCUGUUUCACAGAAACCACUGCUUGCUUCAUUCCUGGAACAAGUCGAUUCACUUGGUGGCUGCCAAAUAUUUGUAAAUCUUCUUCAGAGGGACUCUGAGCCCAUCAGAUUGCUCAGCUUGCAGUUCCUGGGAAGACUUUUGGUCGGUCUUCCAUCUGAGAAAAAGGGAUCAAAAUUUUUCAGCAUUUCAGUUGGCAGAUCCAAAUUCCUCUCUGAGGGCCAUAGAAAAAUCAGCUUGAGGAUGCAACCAAUUUUCUCUGCCAUGUCUGAUAGGCUGUUCAGAUUUCCUCAGACUGAUCUCCUGUGUGCUAGUUUGUUUGAUGUUCUCCUUGGUGGUGCUAGCCCAAAGCAGGUUUUACAGAAACAUAUCCAGCUUGACAGGCAGAGAAGCCGGGGAAACAACUCUCAGUUUUUCCUUCCUCAGAUCUUGGUCCUUAUUUUCAGAUUCUUGUCUGGGUGCGAGGAUGUAGCUGCAAGAAUAAAAGUAAUAGGAGAUUUACUGGAACUUCUCGAUUCAAAUUCUUCAAACAUUGAAGCCCUAAUGGAAAAUGGAUGGAAUUCGUGGUUGAUGGCUUGUAUACGGCUUCAUACAUUGAAAAACUACCAAAUGGAGUCACGAGUGCACAGUGACACCGAGAUAAAUGAGCUGAGUUAUGUGAGGAAUUUAUUCUGUGUAGUUCUUUGCUACUAUAUGCAGUCUGUGAAAGGUGGUUGGCAACACCUAGAGGAAACAGUGAAUUUUCUUCUUUUGCUUGGUGACAAGGGUGGAAUUUCAUAUCAAUGCCUGCUUCGUGAUGUAUAUGGUGAUUUAAUGAGGAGGCUUAUAGAUUUAUCUUCUGGAGACAACAUUUUUAUCUCGCAGCCAUGUCGAGACAACACACUAUAUCUUCUCAGGCUAAUUGAUGAGAUGCUUUUGUCUGAAAUUUAUCAUAACAUUCCGGUAAUCAACAUAUUUCCUACAAGUAGCUCAGAACUUUUUCCGGAUUUCCUAGAGUUAGAUAGUCACAAGGAUCUCAGCUCUGCCUUAUACGAGGCUUUACAAGGAGAAAAUGAUGACCACAUAUCCAGGGUAUCCGAAGAGCGUGCCAUGUAUAAGGAUGAGAUGAUUGAUGAUGAUUGGUGGAAUUUAUAUGAUAAUCUGUGGAUCAUUAUCUGUCAGAUGAAUGGAAAGGCACCAAGCAAGAUGUUACCAAAAUCUUCAUCCGCAGUGGGCCCAUCUUUUGGCCAAAGAGCACGUGGGUUAGUAGAAUCGCUAAAUAUUCCUGCUGCGGAAAUGGCUGCAGUUGUUGUAUCAGGGGGUCUUAGCAGUGCAUUGGGUGGAAAACCGAACAAAAAUGUUGACAAGGCUAUGUUGUUGAGAGCAGAGAAGUGCCCUAGAAUUGUCUUCCGCCUUGUCAUCCUGUAUCUUUGUAGAUCUUCUCUAGAAAGAGCAUCUCGUUGUGUCCAACAGAUCAUUCCACUUCUGCCUUAUCUUCUGGCUGUUGACGAUGAGCAAAGCAAGAGCAGAUUGCAGCUUUUCAUUUGGGGCUUGCUUGCUGUUAGAUCACAAUAUGGAAUGCAGGAUGAUGGCGCUCGAUUUCAUGUUAUUUCACAUAUGAUUCGAGAAACUGUUAAUUGUGGUAAAUCAAUUCUUGUGACUAGUAUAAUUGGCAGAGACGAGUCUGCAGAUUCAGGCAGCAAUGCCAAAGAAACAGGCACCCUCCACAAUCUGAUUCAGAAAGACCGAGUGUGUGCUGCGGUUGCUGAUGAGGUGAAGUAUAUAAAGACUUCAAAAACUGAUCGCUCCAGACAGUUGCAUGAGCUCCGUAUUCGGAUUGAUGAAAAUGCAUCCACCAAUUCUAGCCAGAGGAAUGCUUUUGAAGAUGAGAUAAAGAGUAGCUUAAACACGAUUCUUGCUUCUGAUGAUAGCAGAAGAGCUUCCUUCCAGCUUGGUCAUGAGGAAGAACAGCAAAUAGUUGCUGAAAAAUGGAUACACAUGUUUCGCAGUCUGAUUGAUGAGAGGGGACCAUGGUCGGCAAAUCCUUUUCCCAAUGAUACCCUAACAUAUUGGAAGCUUGACAAAACUGAAGAUGCAUGGAGGCGUAGGCCCAAGUUAAGACGAAAUUAUCAUUUUGAUGAAAAGCUUUGUCAUCCGACCCAUCCCCCAUCCACUGGAUGCAGUAAUGAGGCUAUUCUUCCUGUUAAUGAAAGCAAAUCUGCUUUCGGGGGGCAUAUUCCAGAGCAAAUGAAGCGUUUUUUACUGAAAGGGGUUCGCAAAAUCACUGAGGAGGGGUCCUCAGAACCCACUGAAAAUGACACUGAAACAAGUUGGCAAAAGGCCUCAGUUUCUGAGGAUAUCUCAGACAGAAACGGCUCUGAGCCUGUAAAAGACAGCACUGAUCAAAAGGAGAAUUUUCAAGACAGAAAGGAUUCUUCCCCUCCAUUAUCAGGGCAAGAACCUAGUGAGGUUCUUAUGUCUGUUCCAUGUGUACUUGUAACACCAAAGAGAAAAUUAGGUGGACGUUUGGCGGUCAUGAAAAGUGUGUUGCAUUUCUUCAGUGAGUUUUUGGUGGAAGGUACUGGGGGAUCGUCUGUUUUUAAGAGCUUUCAUGAUUCAGGCAAGCCUGAUCAAUUGGGAGAAGCUCAAAAGCAGAAUCUGUAUUUCCAUUUGGAUUCUGACAAAGGGAAUGCUUCUGAAAACAAAGAAACUGUUGAGGGAAAUGUUCUACAAAAGCAACCCAAAAAUAUUAAGCGCCACCGAAGAUGGAACAUUUGCAAGGUAAAGGCUGUCCAUUGGACUCGGUACUUGCUUAGGUACACGGCAAUAGAGAUUUUCUUCAAUGAUUCGGUUGCUCCUAUAUUUUUGAAUUUCAUAUCACAGAAAGAUGCAAAAGAUGUCGGAACCUUGAUAGUUGCCAACAAAAAUGAAUCUAUUCCAAAGGGAUACAAGGACAAGAAUGGAAUUAUUUCCUUUGUUGAUAGACGUGUGGCAUUGGAGAUGGCAGAAACUGCCAGAGAAAGCUGGAGGAGAAGGGAAAUGACAAACUUUGAAUACCUAAUGGUACUCAAUACACUUGCAGGAAGAUCUUAUAAUGAUUUAACCCAGUAUCCUGUGUUUCCUUGGGUACUAGCUGAUUAUUCCUCAGAGACUCUUGACUUCAACAAGUCAUCAACUUUUCGGGAUCUUUCAAAACCUGUUGGUGCACUGGAUCCUAAACGGUUUGAGGUUUUUGAAGAUAGAUACCAUAGCUUUUGUGAUCCUGAUAUUCCCAAUUUCUACUAUGGAUCUCAUUACUCAAGCAUGGGGAUUGUGCUCUUUUACCUUCUUAGAUUAGAGCCAUUUACCACUCUCCACCGUGCUCUGCAGGGUGGUAAGUUUGACCAUGCAGAUCGUCUUUUUCAAAGCAUUGAGGGCACUUAUCGGAACUGUCUGUCAAACACAAGUGAUGUUAAAGAGUUGAUUCCAGAGUUCUUUUACAUGACAGAGUUUCUUGUCAAUUCAAACUCUUAUCAUUUUGGAGUAAAACAAGAUGGUGAACCCUUAGGUGAAAUUAGCCUUCCUCCUUGGGCCAAGGGAUCAGCCGAAGAAUUCAUAAACAAAAACAGAGAGGCUCUAGAAAGUGAGUAUGUCAGCUCAAAUCUCCAUCACUGGGUUGAUUUAGUGUUUGGUUACAAGCAGCGUGGAAAACCAGCAGUAGAGGCAGCCAAUAUCUUCUAUUAUUUGACUUAUGAAGGUGCUGUCGAUCUGGAAACCAUGGAAGAUGAAUUGCAAAGGUCAGCGUUGGAAGACCAAAUAGCAAAUUUUGGACAGACACCAAUUCAGAUCUUUCGCAAGAAACACCCUAGGAGGGGACCACCAAUUCCGAUUGCUCAUCCUCUGCACUUUGCUCCUGGUUCAAUUAACUUGACGUCUGUUGUUUCUAGUACAAGUAGUUCACCAUCAGCUGUCUUAUACGUUAGUGUGUUGGACUCCAAUGUUGUUUCCAUCAACCAGGGCCUGAUCAUGUCUGUGAAAAUGUGGUUGACAACCCAACUGCAAUCUGGUGGAAACUUCACCUUCUCUGGCUCUCAGGAUCCUUUCUUCGGGAUUGGUUCCGAUAUCCUUUCUUCUCGCAAAAUUGGGAGCCCAUUGGCUGAAAAUAUUGAACUUGGAGCACAAUGCUUUGCGACAUUGCAGACGCCAUCUGAUAAUUUCUUGAUUGCAUGUGGCAACUGGGCAAAUAGUUUCCUGGUGAUAUCCCUAACUGAUGGGAGAAUGGUGCAGAGCAUCAGACAACAUAAAGAUGUGGUUAGCUGUGUUGCAGUGACAUCUGAUGGAACCAUCCUUGCUACUGGGAGUUAUGACACAACGGUGAUGGUGUGGGAGGUUUCACGUGUCAGAGCUGCUGAAAAGAGAGUUCGAAAUGCAGUGACAGAGAUGCACCGGAAAGAGUAUGUUGUUGCCGAAACGCCGUUUCACAUCCUGUGUGGACAUGACGAUAUAAUUACAUGUUUAUUCGUCAGUGUAGAGCUUGAUGUAGUUAUAAGUGGUUCAAAAGAUGGGACUUGUGUUUUUCACACACUUAGGGAGGGAAGAUAUGUUAGAUCUCUUCGGCAUCCAUCUGGUAGUGCAUUGUCAAAGCUUGUUGCAUCUCGCCAUGGACAAAUUGUGCUUUAUUCUGAUGAUGACCUCAGUCUGCACCUUUAUUGCAUUAAUGGAAAACACAUCUCCACUUCGGAAUCCAACGGUCGACUCAAUUGUGUUGAGCUGAGUAGUUGUGGUGAGUUCUUGGUUUGUGCUGGAGACCAAGGACAGAUAAUUGUUCGCUCUAUGAACUCACUGGAGAUUGUGAGAAGAUAUACUGGAGUAGGAAAGGUAAUAACUUCACUAACUGUCACUCCAGAAGAAUGCUUCUUAGCAGGGACCAGAGAUGGAAGCCUUCUUGUGUAUUCUAUCGAAAAUCCUCAACUUCGUAAAACUAGCGUUCCCCGAAACUUGAGAUCCAAAGCUUCUGCACCAGGAUAGACCAAAUUCAGGACUGCUAUGUGCAUUAUUCGUGAUUUGUUAAUCCAAGUCUGAAUGCAGAACGAUUUUUCAUGCUACCGCAUCAGGGGAUGUUGUUCGGACCCUCAAUCGCCUCUCCGUCCAGGCAUCACCUCUUCGACAGUGAACAGAGCCAGAAGAUUGUAACCCGCGGGAAUUUGGUGUUUUCGGUUUUUGAACUAUAUUUUCAGUGGCAAUCAAUACACAUCUGCAAAUUUAAAAUGAGGCUUUCAUCCAUGAGAAAUGCCACCCUUACCAAUCAAGUUCUCUUGCCUAUUUCUAUGAAAGUGCGGCAAGAGAAAGUGAGUGUCGAUAGAUUAUUGUACAUUAUAUAUUCUUGUAAGUUUAGGUCAGAAUUGUUGUUGUAAUAGCAAUAGAUGUAUGUCAGCUUUUCGUUUUCGAUUUCAAUAGUGUGUUAGACCCCCAGGAACUCUGUACAGAUGGGGUUACCAACUUUUUUCUGGUAUAGAAUGAGGCAUUUUUCCUCCAAAGAUGUGUAAUAAUCACGCUGAGAUCAAAUAAGUCAAAAUUUCUUAGCAUAUAGUUGAUUCAA